CGAGAGGAGCUCAGUGCUGAAUUAAAUCAGUCUCCGCUUAAUGGAUCUCUGAGGCUCGCUUCACAGAUGCUCGCUGCUGAGUGAUCCUCAAAUCUGGAAUCUUUUUAUUUCAUUAGUUACUUUAAAUAAUUGCUUUUAAUCUUUAACGCCAUUAAUGUAUCCGCAUCCUUUGAAAUUGUAUUGUAUUCGAUGUGAGAUACAGUGAUACUCCGUUUAGUGUCGGGACGAAGGUUCCUGUUCUGCUAUCACUCAGCAGGUCACUGCCUACAGCGUAUGUGGCAAUCAGGCUGUAUCCAGUAAUUAUUCUGUCAAGCUGGACCUUCAAAAUGUUCAACUACUGCUGCUCAUGAAUCUGCACUCCAUUUACAAGUACCGUUAAGAAACCAGUGAGAGAAUUCAGGAAAGAUCUACCCUCUACAAGGCUAUCAGGGAUGUGUUCAAUAACUGAGGACUCCAACCCAGAUUCCAUCAGUUAUUCAUCUGUGCACAUGGGAGAGACAGAGAAAAGAGAGAACUGCCAGAAUCACCAAGAUGAGACAAUUUAAUUAUGGUAGCCUCUGAGGACAAAAGUUCCAGACAAGCUAAGGUGGUGAAAUCUCCUUUUGAACGUCGCCUCAAGUUUCCAACAAGCAUAUCUCAUUGAGAAGAAGUUGAAAGAAGACAGUCAACAUUUUUUUGAUUGGUACAUGGGGACAAUAUGUGUCAUCACACAUCCAUCAGUAAAAGCAAGACAAGUAAAAGCAAUUAUUCUGGCUCUGAGAACAGUUGAACAUCCUGCUGAUUCAAUAGAAGGAUCACAUCAAAGUACUGAAACCGUGGUAUUAAGCCCCCUUGUUUUUUUCGGCCCUAUACAUGACUUUCAGAGAAGCACAAAUGGCCUGCAGAUCAGGCAUGGUGAUGAGUGCCUUGUUUUGGUCUGUUACUGUUGUAUGUUUGACUCACAUUGAAGGAGUAAAUGGUGAUUGUUGGUUAAUUGAGGGUGAAAAGGGCUUUGUAUGGCUUGCGAUUUGCAGCCAAAAUCAACCGCCUUAUGAGGCCAUCCCACAGCAUAUCAAUAACACCAUUGUUGACCUUCGUCUGAAUGAAAACAAAAUCAAAAGCAUUCAUUAUUCCUCUCUCAGUCGCUUUGCCAACUUGACCUACCUAAACCUGACCAAGAAUGAAAUCUCAUACGUAGAGGAUGGAGCCUUUUCUGCACAGUUUAACUUGCAAGUUCUCCAAAUGGGCUUCAACAAGUUACGAAAUCUAACAGAGGGGAUUCUCCGGGGUUUAGGAAAGCUGCAGUACCUCUACCUCCAGGCAAACUUGAUUGAAACUGUGACACCUAAUGCCUUUUGGGAAUGCCCCAACAUAGAAAACAUUGAUCUCUCAAUGAAUCGAAUACAGCAGUUAGAUGGGUCCACGUUUGCCAGUCUAAACAAACUCACCACUUGUGAGCUGUACACAAACCCUUUCAACUGCUCUUGUGAGCUGCUUGGGUUUGUAAAAUGGCUUUCAACUUUUCCAAAUCGGACAAAUGAGCGGAUGGUCUGUGACUCUCCACGUGGUGUUGCAGGUUACAGCUUACUGAGCCAGAAUCCUAACAACCCUACAUACCGAAAUGCACUGCACAUGCUAACUACUGUGUGUACUGACGACUAUGUGACACCAUUUAUUACUGUCUCCAUGGAGUCCACAACGCUACCACCUGACGUUACACUUUGUGGGCUGGAAGACUGUCCCUCAGGCACCGAACCAGAGGAUUUAACCAUCAGUACAACUGAAAAUGAUGUAGAGGGAACCCCUCUGAUGAAAGUUAGGGAAGUAACAAACACAGGUGCAACCAUUACAGUCCAGCUUCCUAAUCCCUUUCUGAAGAUGUUUAGUCUGGUACUUUAUAACAACAGCUUUUUCACAGAUAUUCAAAAACUAAAGGCCAAAAAGGAAGACAUAGAGCUGAAAAACCUUAAACCCCACACUAACUACACAUACUGUGUUGCUUCGAUACGUAAUGCUCUUAGACACAACCACACAUGUCUAACAGUCUCCACUGGGCCUUGGAAUGGAAAAGACAGAGUUGUAAGCAACACAACUGCCACUCACUAUAUUAUGACUAUUUUGGGCUGCCUUUUUAGCAUGGUGAUUUUUCUUGGAUUUGUUUAUUACUGCUUGCGCAGGAAGCGUCAAGAAGACGAAAAGCAAAGGAAAGCAGGCAGUCUUAAGAAGAAUAUAAUGGAACUCAAAUAUGGACAAGAACUAGAAGGUGGGACUAUUUCUCGAAUGUCUCAAAAGCAGCUGAUGGCCGGAGAAAGCAUGGGCCGUAUGCCAUACCUACCAUCUGCAAGUGAAAUGGAGCAGUACAAGUUUCAGGAGAUAAGUGAGACUCCCAAAAUGAUGAAGGGUAACUACAUGGAUGUCCGGAGCAUGGAUCAUCAUGAGCGUAGGGAGUGUGACAUGGGAAUGGCUGGGAAUAGUCAAGGAUCAGUAGCAGAAAUUUCCACAAUUGCAAAAGAAGUUGAUAAAGUAAAUCAAAUAAUUAAUAACUGUAUAGAUGCCCUAAAGUCAGAAUCAACUUCUUUUCAAGGGGUUAAAUCUGGAGCAGUAUCCACAGCAGAGCCUCAACUAGUUCUUUUAUCAGAGCACCCUCAAAGUAAAUCUGGCCUUCUUUCUCCAGUUUAUAAGGACAGCUACCAUCACUCUCUUCAGCGGCAUAGAAGCUCUGAUGUCUCGCCGAAGAGGCCCAGCACUGCCACAGGUGGGCCCAUGCGAAGCCCAAGGCCUUAUCGCUCUGACUCCAAGUACAUAGAGAAAACCUCUCCAACAGGAGAGAGCAUAAUAACAGUGACACCUGCCGCAGCCAUCUUGAGGGCUGAGGCAGACAAGAUCCGCCAGUACAGUGACCACAGGCAUUCAUAUCCCGAUCCUCAGAUAGAGGAGCUUGAAGGACCUGAUAGCCACAAGCUGUUGGAGCCCAUUAGCCACUCUCGCUCCAGAGACUUAGCCUAUUCCCAGAUGUCCUCACAAUAUCACAAUCUAAGCUACUCAUCUAGUCCUGAAUACUACUGCAAACCUUCACACAGCAUCUGGGAGCGAUUCAGACUCCACCGCAAGCGACAUAAAGAUGAAGAGUACAUGGCAGCUGGCCAUGCUCUUCGUAAGAAAGUUCAAUUUGCAAAAGAUGAGGACCUGCAUGAUAUUUUAGACUACUGGAAAGGGGUUUCAGCCCAGCAUAAAUCAUAAUUCAUGUAGAUGAUUUUAAAAUGGACCUUCUGUUGUUAAAAUGACACAAGAACAUUGUAUGACAUCUGAGUCAAUGGAUAAUUCUAUACCAUAAUUAACUAAUCUCUCAUGUAUAUCACAUCUCUUUUGACUGUGAAGAAGAUGAAGUGAAGAUUUGUAAAACUUCAAUUAUUAUCUAAAGCAUUCAUCUGGGGAAAAAAGUGCAAAUUAAUUAUGAAUAUAAAUAUAUAUAUAUAUAUAUAUAUGUGACAAUGGAUAUUAGGUUUUUCGGGUAUCGCAUGGCCAAGUCCUGUGACAGUGGAUUUGCUGUUGUGUAAUAUGAGACUACUAUAUGAAGAAACUGAAACUUUUUAUUUUUUUGACGAACUUUCGGGACCCAAGCAAAGAGAACACUUUUUCUUCCUCCUUGCAUAUAUUUAAUUGAAAAUUGUGUACAGAUAUGGGUUUCUAUAUUUGAAACGUUUUCUGUGUAAAUGGUGAAGUUUUAGAUGAAUCAGGUUUAUCAAACUGACCGCAUUCUGUUUUGAAUACAAUUAUGUUAAAGUUUAACUUUAGCCCUAGAACCGCAAUCAUUUCAGUACUCCUCCGAACUGCCAGAGUUUUAAAGCCCAUUUCUAAGACCAUAAAAAGACAAAAGUUUUAUUCAAAACCACUGCUUUUUGAUCAUCAACUGUUAUAUAUUAUGUAGGGAGAAUAACACUUAACCAGCAGAGAAAAGCUAUUUGGACUAUUUGUUUUACAUUAAGUCACGACAGGCAUAUACUGUAAUGUAGUUGAAGUUUCGAAAAGGUUGGUAGUUAACUUACAAGUAAAAAAAUAAAAUAAAAUAAUAGUAGUCUAUAAAACAAAGAUAAAAGCAAUCUAUAUUUAUUGAUAUUGAAUGGUUUUCUGCCCAUUCGGUUCUUUUUUGUGCAGUUCUUGUUUUUUUUUUUUGCCAACGACUGAAGGCAUUUAGUGAUUUGCAGAUUAAUGAAUGUAAAAAAAAUACAUCCUCAGAAGAAGACCCAUGUUUGCUAUGGUUAGUUUUCAGUACAUAUGGCAGUGAAAAGAUUUUCAGCCCUUCAUAAACAAAAAAGGACAUUUUUCUAUCCAAAUCCUGCAUUGAAAUUUUUACAAACAGCUUGUUGCACCUUUUUGCAAAUCUUGUUCUUUUUCAAGCUUUUAGAUAAUUAACAAAACCAGUCUAUAGUUAUGGCCAAAAGCAAUUUGUUCUGGCCUUAGCCCACACAUUCAAAUAUAAUAUAUUUUUUUAUGAUUUACAGGAUAAUAUAAUGUGUUUCUGGGAUAAAAAUGACUACUUGGCAGUUGUUGGUAUAAAAGGUCAAAUGCCUUUUCUUUUUAUGACACAAAUAUCUUAUACCUAAUACAAUGUUAAGGAGAGAAACUUUAGUAAAAGCCAUAGAGUAUUAGACAGAGGGUUUAAUUAGUGUUAUACUUAGAGCUGAAAAAGUGCAAGGAGUAAAAAUGAUUUUCUUACGGUUCUAGUGUUAAAGUAAUUUCAAAAAACACCACCUGUUGUAUUAUUGCCACCUUUACUUAAUUUGUUCUUUUAUUUUUGUAAUGAUUCAGAUGGAUUCAGUUUUUAGUCCCCUGAAUCACAGAGUGCAGUAUUCACUGGUUUGGAUCCAGUCCCUGCAGGCAAAAAUGCAGUAUAAAUCAUACUGCAAUAAACGUCUGUUUUUCAGUUACAUUAACCGCCAUUUAUAUCUUUUGUACCAAAGUAGAAAAAGUUAAAAUGUUUACAAAUUUUCUGCAUAGUCUGAGGAAUUAAUUAACAUACAGGAGUAGGUCAGUAUUUUAUUUAAGGUUCCCCCUUAAAAUUAAUAAUUGGGAAACCUUUUUUUAUCCAGAAAUAGGAUUUUAUUUUAAAGUCUGCUGUACAUCUCUAAAAGACCAAUGGGAAGGCAGCUGUACAUUAUCAUUAUUUAAGUAGACGGAAAGCUUCCCUGCUGGGAAGUCUGAGGAUGAAUGUAAGAGAUACAUAUUCUAAUUUAUCUAUGGCAGCUUCCUCUAUGUAUUCUUAAGAGGAGUUCAAAAUCAUGUUAACAACUGAGGGUUUUAUUUUAAUUUUUAUUUUGCUUUAUAUUUCUUCCAGCCUGCUAUAUUGUAUAAUGUGUGAUGAUAUACAAACAAACAUAACUGGUUUUUCAAAUGGGCCUUGAUGCUUGCUGAGAGGUUUAUUGUGAAUUGUCUCUGCAUUUUGUAUAUUAUGAGAGAUAAGGACCAGGCAAACAUCAACAUACUAAAGUUUAGUUUUCGAAUGUUAAACUGAAUCCUCUGACUUAAUGGCUGUGAAUUUAUAUAUUACAUUUAUCCAUUUUUUCAAGCUUUUUUAUUUGUAAGAUGUUUAUGUAUUUUAUUCCAACAAGGCUCAUGAUGAUUCAUUACAUGGCUAAAAUGUAAUCAAUAUACUGUACUCUGUUAUGCACACGACAUUGCUAGAGUUUCAUGGUCAGUACUUUAAAUGCAACUUACCCACAAACAAGAAAACAAAAUAAAGAAAAUGUGUCUUCAAUUAUUCUGACAAUUUACAUUUGAGAUCAAAUUUAACCCAACCCCCU